AUGGCAGAGGCUGUAAUUCAACAGCGCAAUUCUAUUCUUGCUACUGCGAAUCCACGAUUUGUCAGAGGAUACUAUCAGCAAUGUUUGACCCUCUACGAUCAAGCUCUACAAUGUACCUUAACCUUACAGCAAUUGCUAAACGAUGAUGAUAACAAUGACAUCUGUAAUCAAGCUUUAUGUGAUGAUUAUUUAAACUUAUCCAAAACCUAUUGUCGUCAACAUCGUUAUGAUAAAGCACGCAGUUAUUGCGAUCAGUCGCAGACCUUAGCAGUCAAGUUAAAUGAUAAACUACGUGUGGCUCAUAGCCUUGAUGCUUUUGGUAACAUUAAGAAAGAAAUAGGCCAAUAUGAGGAUGCACUCAAUGAUUUUGAAGCUGCGUUGAAAUUAAAAUUAGAACUGAAAGGGAAAGAUAGCCAAGAUGUUGCUCUAUCCUACAGUUAUAUUGGUAAUACGUAUUCUAUCAUUGGAAAAUUAGAUGAAGCUAAGGAAUCGCUAUACAAGGUUAUCGAUCGUGACAAACACGUCUUACGCUUGGGGAAUACUGUUACAAGUGUUGAAUUAGUAGAGUCAUUUAAUGUGCUUGGAUUUGUCUAUUGUCUACAACGUAGAUUUAGUCUAUCGAUGCUAAUGCAUAAGAAAUGUCUCAAGUUGAUCAUGAGCCUGCUGAAAGAUGAUACCGCCAGCUUGGAUCUUGCUCUGUGCUAUGGCCAUAUAGGCAUGAUGUAUAGCUUACAAGAUAGCUUUAUUGAAUCUACUUCGUGUCAUGAUAAAGCGAUGAAAAUGGCGCUAUCGAUAGCAGGCGAGAAAUGUGUCGAAGUGGCACGAAUUUUUAUAUGGAAAGCCAAACUUAGUCAAUCGAAAGGUGAUGUUGGUGAAGCCAUAAAGUAUAUGAAGAAAGCUCUAAAGAUUCAAACGGAUAUAUUAGGAAAGAAACAUGUUCUAAUUUCUGAUGCCCAUGACUUAUUAGGUACACUGUAUAUGUCGCAUGGGAAACUAGAUGAUUCGUUCACGUCUCUAUUUAUAUCACUAAAUAUUCGACAGGAAAUACUUGGAGAAAAUUGCUUGCCUGUUGCAACAGUAUAUGUAUCAAUAGGAAACAUUUUCUUUCUAAAAUCAAGCUAUCUAGAUGCUUUAAUGUACUACCGUAAGUCAUUAGACAUCCAAUUAGAUAUUUUAGGCGAUAAUAGUUUAGAUGUUGCGUCGUCUUAUCAUAACUUGGGCAAUGUAUACGUGUCACUUGGGGACCCUGAUGAGGCCUUACCUGCAUACCAAAAAUCUUUAGAGAUUUUAAUCCGACUUUUAGGAGAAGAUCAUAUUGAUGUUGCAGCUACUUAUGAAGAUCUGGGCCGAUUUUUCGAUAGACAACAAAAGUAUGCUGAAGCACUACCCAUGUUUCAAGCAGCGUUAAAUAAACAAGUAGCCAUUUUUGGCGAUUCGAACGUUAUUGUAGCUGGCUUAUAUGGCAAGGUAGGCGAAGUUCAUCAUCAUUUAAACCAGGAUGAAGAAGCUUUGCCUUUAUAUCGAAAGUCAUUAGAGAUAUUUCAAAAAUUUGGGGCGGAAAGCUAUGGAGCUGUUGCGAAGACCCACAAAUGCAUCGCCGAUAGUUAUUAUAAUUUAAAGAUGUACAACGAUGCUUUAGAUCAAUACAAACGCGCAUUGUCAGUUAGGACCAAAGUUACAGGCGAAUGCCAUGUUGACGUAAAUGAAUUACGAGAAAAAAUCGCUGCCAUCUACAACAAGCAAAAUAGAUAUGGCGAUGCUAUAGAAAUGCAUCAAAAAGCACUUGUCGCUAAAAUAGCGCUGCUUGGAGAAGAUCAUCUCGAAAUCGCUGAAAUACAUGAUACAAUAGGUGGUCUUUACAGUUUACAAAAUAAAUUUGAAGAUGCGCGUUCAGCAUUCGACAAAGCUUUAAGCAUUCGUAAAAGCAAAAAAGGAGAAAAGAGUCUAGAUGUAGCUUUAACGUAUGACCGCAUUGCUACAAUUGAUAUACAACUUAAAUCGUAUGACGAUGCCUUAAAGUUGCUUGAAAAAUCGUUAGCAAUUCGAAAGGAUAUCCUCGGUGAAGACACUUUAGAAGUUGCUAGUUCUUAUUCUCACAUAGCUGCUGCUUAUAAAUGUCAAAACAAGUUUGAAAAUGCUUUGUCCUAUCUUGAAAAGGGAUUAGCUAUUAAAUUACAGAAAGUGGGUGAAACUAGUGUCGAAGUUGCUGAAUCAUACAACAACAUUGCCACCAUUUACCAAUAUCAAAAACUAUAUGACAUGUCAUUGGUCUUGUUUAAAAGAAGCUUAGCAAUUUUGAUCAAUCUGCUAGGUGAAGAUACGUUGGAAGUGACUUCAGCAAUUAACAAUAUUGCUAAAAUUUAUCAAUUCCAGGGGAAAAUGGAAAAUGCAGUAUCAAUGUUUGAAAAAUCGUUAUCAAUUCGUAUCAAAUUAAUGGGAGAUUAUGAUCUAAAUGUUGCCGAUUCCUAUAAUAGCAUUGGAUAUAGCUACUUAAAGCAGCAUCGAUACGAUGAAGCGUUAUUGAAUUAUGAAAAAGUCUUAGUAAUUCGACAAAGUAUCCUUGGAGAAGAUUCUUUCGAUGUUGCAAAUGCCUGUAAUAAUAUAGGCUAUGUCUAUCAAUCGAACAGUAAGUAUCAAGAUGCACUAGAGAAAUUUAUGAAAGCAUUGUCUAUUCAGAGAAACAUCACAGGUGCCAAUGGGCUAGAUGUAGGUAUUUCUUAUCGAAACAUUGGGAGAAUUCAUGACAAACAACACAAUUACAAGUACGCUGGACUGUUAUUUCAGAAAUCAUUAACAAUUCAAAUUGAAACCUAUAAAACACAUCAUUUAGGUAUUUGUGAAGGUUAUUACGAUGUUGGUAGGAAUUUGGCACUACAAUAUCGUUUUGUUGAAGGCAUUGAAAAGUAUCAGAAAUCGUUAACUGUGGCUAUUUUACUUUGUGGUGAAAAUAAUGUUUAUGCAGCAUUAACGUUUAAUGAUAUUGGUUGUAUCUAUCAAUUGCAAUGUCGUUAUAACGAUUCGUUGUCAAUGUACGAGAAAGCUUUAAGAAUGCGAGUGGAAGUAUUGAGUGAAAAUAGUUUAGCAGUAGGAUUGACCUAUUGUAACUUGGGCAGCUUGUCAGAGACACAAGGCGAUUAUAAUCAAGCAUUGUCGUUUUAUCGAAAAUGCUGGAAUAUAUGGCUAUCUGUACUUGGAGAUAACAACCUUAAAGUAGCUUUGGCCUCCGCUAAUAUUGCCAAUAUAUAUACGUUACAAGGAAAGUAUGCUGAUGCUGUUGCAAUCUUUCAAAAUGCUAGUAGCAUUGUAAAAGAAUCGGUUGGAGAAAGUGAUAUAUAUUACGCUAAUCUAUGUAAUAAAAUUGGUAUCGCUUAUCACCGACAAGGGAAGUAUAAUGAUGCCCUAUCGAUGCACCAAAAGGCUGUAGAAAUACAAAAAAUGAUACUAGAUGGCAAAAAUUUACAUGCUGCUGAUUCUUACCGAAAUAUUGGUAUAAUCUAUACAUCACAAGGCAAUUAUGAACUUGCAAUAUCGACAUACCAGCAAUCGUUAGAAAUUUUGCGACAACUAUUAACUGAGAAAAAUUUAGCUAUUGCCUACGUUAGGAACAACAUUGCUAAUACAUUUCUAUUGCAAGGAAGACUUAUCGAUGCCUUAAAUAUCUUUCAACAAUCUCUAUCUCUUCAGAAGCAAUUACUUGAAGAGAAAUAUUCCGUCAUUGCAAAAUCUUAUGGCUCAAUUGGAUGUGUUUAUUACAGAAUGCAUAAAUAUGAUGAAGCUUUAACGAACUGUAGGAAAUCGAUUAGCAUAUUGGAAGAGUUGGACGAAGAUGCCAAUUUAGAUCUAGCGAUGGCAUACUCAAAUAUUGGAUUAGUUUACAAAGCAAUAGGAAAGUAUGCGGAAGCAUUUAAAAUGCUUGAUAAAUGUUUAAUGCUACAGUUAGAAAAUAUCACUGAGGAAAAUUUUGAUAUCGCCGAUACCUAUAGUAACAUCGGCCUCAUUUACCAAUCGCAAGGACAGUAUGAGAAAGCAAUUGCUGCUCAUCAAAAAUCGCUAGAAAUUCGCCAGAGACUGGGCGGGGAUAAAUGUUUACAAGCAGCAUGUACCUAUCAAAAUAUUGGACUCAUUUAUCAGCUACAAAGUAGAUAUGAUGAUGCCCAGUCAUUCUCAAUAAAAGCCUUAGAAAUACAAUUAGAAAUUCAAGGAGAAAUUAGUUCAGAUGUUGCUAAAAUUUAUCGUAAUCUAGCCGUGAUACACAUUUCGAGAGAUGAACGACAAGCUGCUAUGGAUAUGCUCGAUAAAUGUCUUAGUAUAGAACUUAAGCUAACUGGAGAGGAAAGUUUAGAAGUAGCUCAAUGCUAUGAAGAUAUGGCAAAAAUAUUUCAAUCAGAGGAUAACAUUGAAAAAUUUAAAACUAAUGUAAAUAAGGCGUCAAAAAUUCAAUGGAAAAUAUUAGGACCCGACAAAUUAACAAAGAUUAAAUCUCAGAAUGGUCUUCAAGUGCGUUAUAAAUCUAACGAGUAUUACAAUAAUCUACUAGGUGAAUUACAACAGUCUGUUAGUAUGAGACUGUAUUCUUGGAUAGAUAUUCGUACUGAUGUUAUAAAUUUGAAUGGCGUCGUUGGAUAUACUCGGCAAUUAACAGAGAGUGUUAAACCGGACUAUUUGAAGCCUGAUAAAAGGCAUGAAGCCAGAAUUAGAUAUCAAAAUCAAGACGAUAUCAAACUGGAAAGAUAUCUCUACCCAGGCAUGACUGCAGCGGAAGAAGGACUUCCUGAAGUAUCCAAAUUAUGUAAAAAUGAUCGAGAUACCAUCAUUGCCGUACCCAAUGUGCCUGGACUGCAACUAUUUAUACCUGCGCAAAGCUUAGAAGAUAGUAUUCGAUGCACUUUAUCGGCUCUUUAUGCCGAUGCACCUUAUAUUAAUGGAAUACCUAAUCAACCUAGUUUUCAGUUAAUUCCUCUAUCGACAAUAGUUAGGAUCGAGCCAAAUAUAAGUCUUGCUUAUAACAUUGAUAAUAAUAAUACCACCUUGCAAAUACCUAUGCCAGUAGCAGAAGAAGUAACGCAACACCUUGGUGUAGAGUCUGUUAAGUGUCUAGAUAUACGUAUAUUAAGCCGGAACAGAGAUGGCGAUGUUUGGAGAGAAGAAUACAUUGAUUACCAGCAUCGAAUGGAUGAAAAUGGCUGUCCGUGUGUUGCUUUAGCGAUCAGUCGCUUGGCAGAUUACUUGGUCACCGCUACCGUUUAUACUUCCAAAUUAUUACUACAUAAAAAUAGUUUUCCCAGCUAUCAGCAAGAUGUUUCUGUCUUGUGCUAUCUUUCCGAGAUUCAUCGUGGUUCAAAUAGGGUCCGUUUGAAAGUAGUUAUCGCAAGAAAGAGCGAUGACAAUACGGAAAUUGUAGAGCAAAUUCCGACCAAAUUUCGCCACACUGAAGCUAUUAGUACAGGGCUAGAAGGUACUAUUUUGGAAAACGGCCGAUAUAGCGCCGAAUUUAAAGAGGAAGAGCUGCAAUGCGUACAAGAGGACAGUAUUGUUCAACCUAUCAUCGUAGAUUGGAACAGCUGUUCCUUUUAUGUACUUAAUUUUCUAUGUCUUGUAAAAGACCCCAACAAAAAACUAGAAAAACUCUGCUCGAUUGUCCUCAAACCUGAGAGCACUCAGAUAGAUUUACAGCCUAAAUAUUGCACUAUAGAGAACGUAACAUCAGAAAAUGACAAUAAUAGCAAUAGCCGGGAUACUACUGAUGAAAAGUUAAACCUCUCCGCCUUGCGAAUAGAUACUAAGCUAAAUUUUACUAUUAUUGCGGAAAAGAUCGGUGAUGAUUGGGUUCAAUUAGCAACAUUAUUAGAUCCUAACAUUGCUACUGAUGAUAUCGAAUUGACUAAGCAAACAUCAAACGAUAAAGCUUUGUCUUGGCUAACAAGAUGGCGUAGUCAACAUGGAUAUACUGCAACCAAGGACAGUAUAAUUGAAGUGCUUGAACAAAUCGAUCGUCAAGAUAUUAUCAAGCAAAUUAUUAAUACUGCGGAUUCCACUAAUAAAGCGGAUGCUUAA